CACCUGCAAAUACAAACGAGACAGUUAACACUUAACAAAUCAAUUCAUUUUUAACGAAUAGUCAAUAUUAGUGCGUGUAUACUGUAUGCACACAGCACUUGCGUGUUUAUUGUUUUGGUGCCUAUUUUUGAAAAAUAUUUUUGCCUGUGUUUGCAUUGUAAUUGUGUGGACAUUAUCUUAAAAUAUUGUUAAAUAAUUAUAGACAGUUAACACAUAACGUUACAGUUCGGUUAUUAAAGGCGUGUUAAUUAUAUCUCCAUUAAAGAAAAUAUAUUUAUGUCUAAGGUCAGUUGCUGAUCUACGAGUAUAAUUAAGGAUCAUGACUUAGCUGCCAAAUAUGGAGGAAGAAACUGUAAAUGUCACUGACGCCCGGAACAGGGCUUCAGCUGAAGUUAACAUUGAAAAUACGUCCAGUGUAGUGGUAGUUGAUAUAAAGAUAGAAAAUGAAGAACAAAAAGUAGAAACUCAAAAUGAAAGUGGGGUUAUAGUUGAAGUGUUUGAAGACAAAGACUCAGUUUCUAAAGAGAACUCUUUUAUUGAGAAUGGUUUGUGUGAAACAAUAGACGAUGCACGAUCUUUAGGUGACCUAGAUAGUUUAGCGGCAGGGGACGAAUUGGUGCUUGGGGCAGCGGGUAGUGACAGUGGAGUAGAAGGAUGUGGCCGAGCGUUGAGCAGUGGCGGAGGAUCGCGGUCUUGUGCAUCAAGUGUAGUAUCCUGCGGCUCAGGUUGUGGUUCAGAGAGUUCUUCGGUUGCAGGGGCACCUCCAAGACCAAGAAAACGUGUUAACGUAACAGUCUCAGAGCCAAAGAGAAGUUCUCCGAUAACAUCCACCCCUCGCCCGACAACCGCCCCUAGAGGACCAAAUCUAGCCACUCGUGAACGUGCCCGAAGCAGAGAGAAACCGAUACCACCCGAGAAGCCUCGGCCGUUAACGCCAAAGCCUAAAAUUAGACCGACUACAGACCUUCCAAAUCUUGUCAGAGAGAGCCCCGCAUUACGUGCCAAACAAACCAAAACUUCCGCUGCUAGAUGUAGAACGCCAAACUCACCACAGACUGAAGAAAAGAAAUGGCCAACCAACAGCCAGAGGCUCGCCACUGUGUCAGAUGCCGCCACUCGUGUGGCGGCUGAUAAAUAUGGAACCUUGCCGAGAAGGCGGAGGGACGAUCAAGAGAUGUCACCGAAACAUGAGAGUAGCCCCCCAUCAUCUAGACGUCCCACUGUCGCGCGCUCAGCAUCCUCGAGAACAGCCACAAAGACACGAGUUAAAAUUUACGCUGAAAAGACAUCGCAAACUGUUCUGUUGGGUUCCGAUAUUGAAUCCGCUUUUGGUGGCGUCAUUCCCAAUAUUGAAAGUAGAGUAGAAGUGAAUCGCUGUCAUCGUGGAGUGCAAGCAAGUGCAAGAGACACCGAGACAACACGUCUUGCAGCAGCCAAGGCCGCAGCAGAGGCCGCUGCAGCCGAGGAAAGAGAGCGCAGGUUACACGCAGAAGCACAGUUGGCUGCCGAACGCACUGCAAGAUUGGCUGCUAUCGCAGAGCUUGAAAGAAAUUCGCAGCGGCUUUUGGAACUGGCCGGCGCAGGUGCUGGUGCAGGCGCCGAUGGCUGUCUACGAGCAUUGGAAGAGCAAUUGCGAUCCGCAGAAGACCUUGCAACUCGGCAGCGAGCAGAAAACGACUCGUUAAGAGACCAAUGUGACAAGUUACAUGCAGACGCGUGCAAGGCCCGUGAAAGGUCGCGCGUCUUCGAAGCGCGUUUGACAGAAGCGGAGCGUGAAGCGGCCGAAAUGCAGGACUUCUUGGCCGCUGAGACCGGUGCUCUUGGAGACUCGCUCCUUGAUGCUGAGACUGAGAUUGCCAGGCUCAACGCAGAUCUUGACAGAAGACGUGGUGAAUGCCGUCAACUAGUGCGAAUGUGCGAACAACGUCGUCAAGAGGCUUUGGCCGCGUCCGCUCGUGCUCGUUUCGCAACGGGCGCAAGUGUGGGUGGUGCUCACGCCAGCGCGCACGCACUCGACGCACUCGCACGUAAACUACGCACGUUGACUGAUGCGGUGCGAACGGCUUAUGCGUUGCCACAUCAUGCUAUUCAGCCAACUGUUUUUCACAAUGAUGCGUACAGUCGUAGUGACAGUGGCGAUACACUGUCCCCAGAAGAGGAAUCUAGGGGUGGUCUCCUAGGAGCAGUAGUACGUGCACUGCGUACGGCUGCGGCGAGUGCGCCCGUAUUUACGCACGCGGAUGAUGAUCGCUCAAGGAUAUCCGAUGAUAAUGAUUCAGCUGAAUUACUUGAUUCCGAAACGGAGCCCUGUUUGGUUACUGAUCCGGAAUGUGCGGAAGAGUGGUGGUCGGGCGCCUGGAGCGGUGAAGAAUUGUCUCCCGAACGAGAUUCUUUCGGGGACAUUGAUAAAGAUCCAGAAUCUAACUCCGGAUCUGAACGCGAAUCGCUCCGGAAUCUAUCAGCGGCUAUUGCGCAAAGGCAGAGGUCCGAGGCGGAAGCGGAAGAGGCGGCUCGGGGAUGUCUUUUGGACAAGGUUGUGUUAUUGGACCAAAGAUUGGCGGAACUGGUUCGAGCGCUCGCGUUGGCCGCUGCCGCCGCGAGGCAUAAGGACGCGCCCGCUGCUACGCUCGCUGAUACGCUCCGGGAGAAGUUGGAUGUGACUGAAAAAAACGUGGCAGACGUGGUCGUUAAGAAAUUAGCGGAACUUGAUGCUUCAAAACACAUGAUGGAGCAGUACAGACACUCCAUUGAAACGCUCAAAAAUCAGCUGGUCCAAUCCACUGAGGAGGACGACGUCGAAGUAAUUGAACGGGAACUGUCAUCCUGUGAGGAAACCGAACGCCGUCUCCGCUACGAAGCCGUAGAGGGCGCUCUGUCAAGUCUUUCAUCCUUGGGUUGGCCUCGACUUAUGCCUUUGCGAUUACGUCUCGAACGAUUAGCUUUCGCACUCGCCACUCCGCCCAGACCUGCGCAUGCGCAUAACACUUCGCCCCUAACCCCACACCCCGCCGCCUGCACUUAAUUAUAUUGGUAUGACUUUGAAUUCCUCUGAAACGUGCGGAUAAACUGCCGCAAUUAUAAUUAUUAUAGAAACAUCAAAAUUUACAUGUAAUUUUAAUCAUGGCUGAAUUUUGGCUACAUAUUUUGAACUGAACUGAUACAUUCAGUAUUUAAGUUUUCUUUCUAAUGUGCGCCUUUUAUUGACAUUAUUAAGUUUAUUCUGCGCAAAUAACACUCACCAACUCUACCAUGAGCUUGUCUACGCGCACUGUCAAUACUCUGUGCAAAUAUUUUUAUGAAAAAUCUUAUUUUGAAGUCUAAUAUUUUUCAUUAAAUAUUAUAAUAUUUUGUCAAACUCAUAGUAGACUUAUUUUAUCAAAACCUAAAUAUUUAAUAUCUCCUAUUAAGGGAAGGAGUAUGUAGGGUCAUGCGCUCCUGGGACCUAUACAGGUUCUCGAUUGUUAUUGUUAUUAAUAAAAUUUUGAAUUACGCGAAUUCUAGAUCCGCUCUUUAAGGUUUAAGGUUAACAGGGGCUAAGCUAAGGCAAGUGUCAGAAAUGGUUUUCGAUAGAUAAUUUUACAUCUGUAAAGAAGGAAGAUUUUUGCACGGCGAUGUGAAUGUGUACCAAACGCACACAUAUACUUUUAAAUUUAAUUAUUAGGGUGGUAAGGCAAGAAUUUGACAUGCUGUGUAAAUUUUGUUGUCAUUAUAAAUUCUGUUUUUUUUUAAGUUUAUAAACCUCUACCAAUAGAAAGUCGAAAGUUUCCUAUCAACUAAAUAAACUAGAAACGAUAUACAUUUGAGGUUUUAAGAAUUCCGUUUAUGUAAAAUCGUUCCUCUUGUAAAAACAAUAUUUUUAAAUGUAUAGACAGUAUUCUAAUACGUAUCUCAAGUCACGAUAUUAACCGCUGUCAAAGAGUCAAACUUCUUACAGAAAAAAAUUUUGACAGCUGUGUUCUAGAAUACGAGUUAAAAUGGCUGGAUCGUUUCAAAUUUCAUCAAUAAUUGUACUUAAAUAAGAGGUUGUUCCGAUAAAAUACUAUUAGAUAUAAAUUAAAUCUCGCAAAUUGUAAUUUAAACUUCGCGAACAUCUUCCAUAGUUAAGAGGAUUUUUCUUAUUAUAUUACAAGUUGAAGUAAUUACUUGUUGCUAACAAUGUCAUUCUGACAUUUCAAAAUGGCGGUAGUACCAAUUUAAAAUGCCCGCCAAGAAUAGUAUGGGUCACUAUAAGUCUGACUUCUGAAUGUCAAAGACUUAUUGGAUUAGCCAUACUCAGCCUAAGAAAAUUAUCCUAAUAGCCUUCUAGACUCUAUGAAGCGUUUACAACCAUCUGUUCGUCAUAAGAAUUUAAGUUUUUUAUGGAACAACCUUACACAAUAGCUGAUAAUUUACAAAAAUCGCUUUAAAUCUUCAAUUUCAUAUCAUCCGUCCUGGUCAAACGUGCUUGCCAGUAGUAAAUAAAUCGUAGGCUUUUAAUAAUAAGAACAUAUUUUUCAUUAACGGCUGCAUUUUCAGACUGACAUUAGCUGUAAUUGUAUUUCACGCAAAUCGAUAUUUUAAUAAAAUUCACGUUUAUAUUUUAUGUAGCUUUUUCACAGGUUACGGUACGCACUAUAUGUUCGGAUGCACAAAAGUUAUUUAAAGGGGUGUCUAUUGUAUUUCUGCCGUCCGACUGUGAUAGGCCAGGAGUGAUGUUUGAUAAAUAUGAAAAUAUAUCUCUAUAUCCAAAUUUACAUAUUGUUAUGUUACCCAUGCCAUUCAUUAAUUAAAUUAUUCGUAAUACAACGUUUUUAACUAAUUAUAUUUAAAAAAAAUAUUUGUUUCUGUCACGAAACGCUCUUUGAAGAAGAGACCUUAUAAAACGUGGACUAAAUUAAAUAAAUAUAAAACAAUGCCAGAAGGCAUUGAGAGUGUCCAUGGGCGGGGCUGUAUCACUUCAUAUCAGGUGAGCCUCCUGCCCGUUUGCCCCCUGUUCUAUAAAAAAAAUUAAAUAGCUUUUGUGUAUACCCGAUCACGAGAUUUAAGUAGCUAUUGUGUUCAGACUCUCCAUCAUUCAUAAAUAUCAGCGUCUUUAACUACACUUCUCUUUCGUCUCUUUCCGUCAAAUUAUGUUUACGCUGUGCUGAAAAGAGACGCUUAAGAACUUUAGUUGAAUUGCAAUAAGACAUAUUUUUCAUGAAUAAGCGAAAAUAUUAUAAGUAUACAAUUAUCACUUUCGGCCAUUUAUCUAGUUAGAAGAAAAUUGUUGAGACUUGUUGAUAAAAUAGUUCUAGUUGGUGUAUGUGAUUAAUUAACGAAAUUACCAAUGUUUACUGACACGUGACUUGGUUAAAUUCUAUUUGGGGAUGUUCCAAGUACGUUGCGAAACCGAUAAAAAAGUUUCCGCAAACGUGGUGAAAUGAUGGCGGACAGCCGAGCGGCCAUCUUGGUUGGAUCUCGCAUAAUCUACAGAUUAUAAAGGAUUCUUUGACGUUUAGGAUAUUUCUUUUGUAUAUUUAUUGCAUUUUUAAAUAUAUUUCAUUCCUAACGCAUUUAUACUGCAUUGUGUUGUGUGCAAUUGUAUUUUCUUUUUUAUAUAAGUUCUCUUGUAAAAUUGUUUUGCCAUAUUGAAUAUUUUGAUCACGAAUCAUGUAAGGUGUGCCAUUGUGUGUUAAUGUAAACGCAGUGACAAAAUUGUAAACGUACUAUAAAACUCUAAUUAAGGUUUAUAGUACGUUUUUGAAUAGGAAUUCUCUAGUCAAUUGACAAUCCACAAAUUUGCUUGUAAGCUUUUCUGUUUUGUUGCCGUUUUAAUUAAAUUUAAAAUUAAGGUAACUUUUUUGUAAUUAUGAGACUGGUUUAUAUAAUU